AACCCACCAAUCCAGAGCAUUCUGAUCCAGCACCACCGGCGCCAACACCACACGUCGUGAGCCCUCGUCGCCGGAGAAGUAGCACGCAAGAUGGCCGGAAGGAAGGGAGGCGACAGGAAGAAGUCGGUGACCAGGUCCGUGAAGGCCGGGCUCCAGUUCCCCGUCGGCCGCAUAGGGCGCUACCUCAAGAAAGGCCGCUACGCGCAGCGCGUCGGCUCCGGCGCCCCAGUCUACCUUGCCGCCGUCCUCGAGUACCUCGCCGCUGAGCUCCUAGAGCUUGCCGGCAACGCGGCGAAGGACAACAAGAAGACCCGCAUCAUCCCGCGCCACCUUCUUCUCGCCGUCCGCAACGACCAGGAACUCGGCAAGCUGCUCGCCGGCGUCACCAUUGCUCACGGCGGCGUGAUCCCCAACAUCAACUCCGUGCUGCUCCCCAAGAAGUCCCCCGCCGCGGCCGAGAAGGAGGCGAAGUCGCCCAAGAAGAAGGCCGACACCAAGUCUCCCAAGAAGAAGGCCACGAAGGAGUAGACUAGCUGACACUGCUUAGUUCCAUAUCAGGGAGCGAGGAUGAGAACACUGUUGGUUGGGUCCUUUGUGUAAUUGCAUAGUCUGUAGUGGCUGUUUCAUUAGUUCGAUGAACAAGCCAGUAAGGGCUGUAAUUUAUCUCUGAAUUCUGCCGGGAAUGAGUAAAGAUGCUAAUCCUUCCAAUCA